AUGACUAAAAGUGCUUAUAUAAGUAUUGCCGAUAGCAGGAAAGUUGAAUUACAACCACAAUGGAAAAUCGGUGAACUUCCACUGAAAUAUCGAUGUUCAUCAUGUAGUAAUUAUUUACGAUUUCCAAUUCAAUUCGAAAAUUGCGGACAUCACGCUUGUUCAAGUUGCUUACCGGAUAUUAUACGUGUUGCGUCACGUUGUCCUACUUGUCAACAACCAAUAUCGAAAGAUAGAAUAACGAAUGCUAACGAUCUAGAAAAAGAAGUUCAAAAUCUAGAAGUUUAUUGUGGAUAUAAAAUCAAAGGUUGUGAUUGGUUCGGAAUAUUACACGAUUUUUCUGUACAUCUUGAAACAUGUGGAUUCAUGUUAACGAAUUGUUUGAAUGGAUGUGGCGUAAAAUUUGAAAGACGCUUUCUCAGUAAACAUCAAACUGAAGAUUGUGCAAAGCGAAUAAUUGAUUGUGAAUUUUGUCAUACAAAAAUCAUAUUUGAAGAUGAAAUUUCUCAUUUUUCUGCCUGUUCAGAAUUUAAAAUACCAUGUCCAAAUCAAUGUUCCACAGAAAACUUUCCACGCAGUCAAUUGAAAAAUCAUCUAGAUGCUGAAUGUCUGAAACAAGAAAUUUCGUGCCCAUUUAAUGAUUGUGGCUGUGAAUAUCGCGGUGAUCGAACAGCAUUUAUUCAGCAUAUGAAAGAAUCACUUGGUAUUCAUUUAAAUUUAGCCGGAAAGACAAUCUCAAUACAAAAGCAAUUAAUAAAAUUAUACGAAGAACGUUCUAACGAACAGAAAAUAUGCAUUGAUUUAUUAUCACGGAAAGUAAAUGCUCUGGAAAAAACCUAUGGAGCACAAUAUAUAUGGAGAAUUGACAAUUAUCACGAGAAAUUUCAAGAAGCUGUUACAAAUAAAAAAUCAACUCUCUAUAGUCCAACAUUUUUAACAAGUCGACAUGGCUAUUAUUUAGGACUCUCAAUUUGUUUAUUUGGAGAUGGAAAAGCUAAAGGAAAAUACGUAUCUUUGUUUAUUUGUAUUCAUCAUGGUGAUUAUGAUGCUCUAUUACCUUGGCCAUUUUCACAUCGUGUUACGUUUACGUUACUUGAUCAAAAUGAAGAUGUCAACAAUCGUCGUCAUUUAAGCAGCUCGGUUAAACCAAAUGUAUGCAAAGAAAAUAAUCCAUUUUUAGGUCGGCCAAUAGCAGAGAGAAAUGCAAGUUUUGGAUGUCCACGAUUUGCCGAUCUAGAUGUAAUGACGAAAUUUAAUUAUGUUAAAGAUGAUGCAAUAUUUAUUAAAGUUGAACUCGACAGCGAAGAAAUGAUUAAUAUUUAA